UCUCUCCUCUCAGGCGGAUUAUGUCAAGUCGGUGAUCGGAACAAAAAGUAUUUUGACGCUUGCUGAAUCAAUCAUAGAGAUCAACAACCAAAUUUGAGAAAAGCCUUGCGAAAAAGAAAAGAGAGAGAAGAAGAUGGCGCAACCGAGUAAAGAACCUUGCAAGAAAGAGGCUUGCGACAUCCAAGCAUGUCUCUCCAAGAACAAUUUUCUUCCUCAAAGGUGCCAGAGAGUGAUAGAGAUGUUACAGGCUUGUUGUGAGAGAUGCAAUAACGAGUCAACACAUUGUGGAUCUGUAGCUGCUCUCUUGAAGCAAAUCAAGAAGUAAUAUAUAUAUAACACAAUGGACAUAAACCAAACAGAGGCAUAACAAGAAACUUCAAGGCACAUUUUAACUCAUUCCUGAAGAAGAAAGAUACCUUCAAUAUUUUAUUUUAUUGUAUUUUGGUCGUGCAAGAGAUUGAUAUAUUUUUCUGUGUAAGUCUGUCACUCAACAAAUA